AUGUCGGGCACACGGCGCCUAUUGAGCGCGUCGACACAACUUUUACGGCAUGACCUAGGACUCAACAGAUCCCGAUGGCGGAGUCUGCAGCGACAAUGCCACCGCCAGCUGUCCUUGCACUCCGGCCGGACACGCAUAGCCCAAAAUCUACGAUACCCUCGAAGAUACCAGUCGAAUACGAGCGACGCGGCGAAGAAGGGAGCCGAAGAUGCGGCAAAAUCCGCCGAGCAGACCGCGAAACAGACAGGAGAAGCAGCAAAGUCUGCCGCCACGACUGCUGCGAAGAAAACCGCCUCGGGAGGUUCAAGAGUGAUCGCGUAUAUUUACGGUACUGGGCUUGUCCUGCUUCUGUCCUUCGGAUACCUCUACGUAACAGACACUCGCGCAAGCAUUCACCAGUACCUCAGUGUUCCUCUUGUACGACUCAUUCAUAGCGAUGCCGAGGAGGCACACCAUGCAGGAGUCCGAUAUAUCAAGGGGCUUUACGACUUUAACCUACAUCCGCGGGAAAGAGGGAAUGCUGAUCAAGAGCUGGGCGAUUUGAGGGUGGAGGUCUUUGGACACAUAUUAGACAACCCAAUUGGCACAAGCGCGGGUAUCGACAAGGAUGCUGAGAUUCCGUCCGCGUUGUUUGCACUAGGACCUGCAGUUGUAGAAGUUGGAGGAGCGACGCCCUUGCCGCAGGAGGGGAAUCCGAAGCCCAGAGUGUUCCGGAUACCUAGCCAGAACGCGCUGAUUAAUCGGUAUGGUCUCAACUCGGAGGGAGCAGAGCAUGUAGCUAUGCAGCUGAGAGAGCGAGUGCGAUCGUAUGCUUACGAUAACGGCAUCGGCCUGGGCGCAGAUGCCGAGCGAAUUGUGUUGGAUGGAGAAGCUGAGGUUCCCCCUGGCAGUCUGGUACCAGGAAAGCUACUUGCGGUGCAAGUUGCGAAGAACAAAACCACGCCCGACGAUGACAUUGCAGCAAUCGCAAGAGACUACGUGUUUUGCGUAGACCGGCUGGCCAAGUACGCGGACAUCUUGGUGGUUAAUGUUUCCUCGCCCAACACUCCUGGACUUCGCGACUUACAGGCCACCGCACCAUUGACGGCCAUACUGACAGCUGUGGUGGACACCGCGAGAGCUACAGAUCGAAAGACUAAGCCUGCAGUCAUGGUCAAGGUAUCGCCCGAUGAAGACAGCGAUGCCCAAGUUGAGGGAAUUUGCAGCGCUGUCUGGGCCUCUGGCGUAGACGGCGUCAUUGUCGGGAAUACCACCAAGAAGCGACCGGAUCCGAUUCCUCAAGGCUACAUUAUGCCUGCAAACGAGACCAGGAUUCUCAACGAAGUCGGCGGCUACUCGGGGCCCCAAAUGUUCCAGCGUACAUUAGACUUAGUGAAACGAUACAGAACGAAACUUGAUCAAGGACCACAGGACGAUGCGCCUAGUAGGACACCAGCAUCAUCCCGAGAAGUUCCUGUUGAUGAUACCAAGUCAUCUGUUGGAUCUGUGGAUGAAAGCGUAAAGCGAGAUGCGAACCGCCUAAAACCUCUUACUGCCGAGGCGGAGAAGGAUAGCAAGCAGCCACUUGUACAACUCCCAGACCGACAUUCCUCUGAAAGCACAUCCGAGAAGGCAAGAGGAUUGGAACAGGCUGCAAGCACUGAUGUCUCGAACUCGGCUCCAGCCUCUCAGCCAACGCAUACCACUAGAGAGGCCGCGCAAGGAGCACUGGACAAAAUCAUCUCCGCGGACGGCACGGAGAAGAAAUCUUCCGCAAACACGCCUUCGCCGGUGGAGCCUUUACCCGCCAAGGUCAUAUUCGCGACCGGCGGCAUCACCAAUGGCGAGCAAUGCCUGGACAUCUUGAACGCAGGCGCAAGCGUUUGUCAGGUCUACACUGCUAUGAUGUAUGGUGGUGUCGGGACAAUAACGAGGAUGAAGAGCGAGAUGCGGGACGCGAUCAAAAAGCAGCAAAAGUAA